AUGAGUGGGGACGGCGGACGGGUGCGGGAUACGCUCCCCGCCUCGCCGCUGUUUGUCGACACCGAGUUUGUGCGUACAGAAGGGGCGCUGUCGCCGGACGAUGCGGCUGCGACGCCGAGCGAGCCGGUGGCGGCGCUCAGCAGCGCCUUGCUCCAGGCGCAAAUCGCGUCGCCGCUCACGAAUACCGGCGCAUGGGACGACCAUCACGACGACGAUCCCGCGCGCGAGCGGCUCACAGGGCUCGUAGAGAGCUUGCAUCGGUGUGCACCGAGGGACUACAAAGAAAUGCUCCGUAUCGGCACCGAAGUGCACCGCGUCUUGGUCGAGUGCCGCGGCACGGCGCGGGUGUACGAGCGCUUUGGGACGCACGGCGGCUUUCUUGCCGUCGUACAGCUCCUUGCGGCACUGCAGCUCGGCGAAGACGACGACCGCAUGCUGCGCUCGCAGCUCCUGCUCCUCGCACUCACGAUCCUCUCGGACGCGAUCACGUACAGCCGCGCGAACCUCGCGGCGUUCGCACAGAUGCCGGGCUGGGAGAGCUUUUUGCACUCGCUCGAGCUCGCGGCGUGUGCAGGAGCGUCGAAACCGAUGGCGAGCCGCAUCGCCGCGCUGCUGAUGGGCCUCGCGACGGGCGACGUGGCAAAGGGCGCCCAGCACUUUGGCGCCGUGUGGCAGAACGUGCGCACAGAUGCACCAUCGAUCGACGCACUGCGCGCCAAGCUUCCCCGCCGCCCAGGCUCGGUCGUGCAUCCCCGCGCCGUGGAAUGCGCGCUGCGCAACGUCGACGAGGCAAACGACGUCCACGCACAGCUUGCUCUGUACGCCGUGCUCGACGAGCUGCUCGAGACGACGUCCCGGAACGUUGUCGUGCUCGCACGCUCGCCACUCGUUUCGCGCAUCCUCCGCGCAUGGCUCGCAGAAGGACAGGAUACACUGCCGCUCGUGAGUGCAUGGCGGGAGCGCAUGCUGCGUACGCUCCUUGCGGACGGCAUACGAUCCGCGGACGACGUCCGUGCGAUCCUCGCGCGCCUCACGGCGGCACCGCUGCACACGCAGCUGCCGCUCCUCGAGCUCGUGCUGAGCGUGGCCAAGUCGGCACACCGGCCCAGCGCCUUGGUCUUUUCCGCGAGCGGCGUGCCGGGCGGUGGCGGCGCUCGCAUCGCCGCCCUCGAUCGCCCGUUUCCCAUGGAGGGGCGCUCGACGGGGUACACGCUCGUGCUCUCGCUGCAGAUUGCAAGGCGACAUGGCGACGGCAUGCUCGACCUCGUCCAGCUGAACGACCGCAUCCGCCUCUCGCUCGAUCUCGGCACGUCGUCGCUGGUGUACAGCACCGGGCACCCGAUGCCGCUGCCGCGCGCCAAGCUCACGCCGGGGAUGUGGCACCAUCUCGUCCUGACGCACACGCGCGCAGCGAGCGGCACGCCGUCGACGCUCCAUGUGUACGUCGACGGGCAGCGCGCGUGCAGCCCGCAGGUGCCGUACCCUUUCCCGGUCGCGCCUCCCGUUGCCGUCCUCUUUGGCAGCGCGCCGGGCGUGCCGGGCGUGCGCGGCACCGGCGGCGCGGUCUGGUCGCUCGGCUCGGCGAUGCUGCACGACGGCGUCGUGCCUUCGUCGGUGCCGCUGCUGCUUUCCGCGCUGCCGCCGCAGUACAAAGGGAAUCUACAAGGCGCUCUCACGCGUUUCCUGUCGUACGCAGGGCAUGCACGCAUGCAGCACCGCCUCGACCAGCUCGCGGCCGUCGCGGGGCCGCGUGCAAACUCGGGCAUGCCCGAGACGAUUGCGUUCCACGCACUGCACGCCGCGCUGCACCGCGCAGGCUCCGAAGUCUUUCCGCUCGAGCGCUUCUACUUUCACCUGGUCGCCGCACACACACUGCGCAGCGGCCCGAGCGGCGUACUGAUCCUGAAUCAGGCCGUGCCGAGCGUCGAGGCGGCGACACGCGCCCCGCACGGCCAUGCGCGCGUCUAUGGCGUGCCGACGAUCAAUGUUCCUCGCAGUGUCGGCGACGCAGUGUGGGCCGCGGGCGGCGCGACGAGCCUCUUGCAGAUCUGCGAGCGCGCCGACUCGAGCGCGGCGCUCGCUGCGAGUGUGCGCCUCUUUUGGCAGCUCGUCAACGAGACGUGGCGCCUUGCAGAAGACGCGGAGCGCCUCGGCGCCUAUGGUAUCCUCGGCGUGAUGCUGCGCGACAAGGCGGCGCUUCUUAGCGAGGAUGUCUUGUCGGCGCUCCUGGAUGCGACGGGCGUAGAGGGCCUGCUUGCCAAUGUGCUGCUCUACCGCACCGUCCUGCUCGACGUGUGCCUCUGGGCACAGGCGCCAGUCGACGUGCAGCGCGCCUAUCUCGGCCACUUUGCCGUGCUCUUUGGCGAGUUUGGCGCGCAGAAUGCGCAGAAACUCGCAAAGGCCCAGCUGAUGAAGCGCCUCGUAUACUUUGUGCGCCUCGCGCCCCAUCGCUCCGAGCCGCUGCACGACGCUCUUGUCGACGCUGUGCGUGCAAUCCUGCGCACCAGCUUUUCGGCACGCAACAUUCAGGCCUUGAUGCUCUUCCUCGUGGCGUCCAUUGCGCCAUGGACGCCGCCAGAGGACCUGCUCGGCACCGCAUCGGCUCGCACGGAUGAUGCGCGCGCCGUGCCUGCCGAAUGCGCCAAGAACGCGCUUCCCCCGGCGCAAGCCGCGCCCGACACGCGCCUCGAACGCCUCGCGGUCGCGCUCCUGCAUGUGCUCGUCGACGUCGCCUCGAGCGAUGUGAAGCGCCUCGAGCGCAUGGCACGCUGUGCGAGUGCCAAGUGGCUCCUUUUGCUCGUACGCCCGGGCAUUUCCCGCGACGUUGCAGCCCCGGCGCUCGCGCUUAUUGCGAUGCUGACCGAGCACGGGCCGUUCCUGGAGCAGUGGGAGGCACUGGGGGGCUUCCGCGUGCUGGAGCGCUCGCUGCCGCCGCUAUGGGACGCACCCGACAUCUUGCCGUCUCUGUGGCGCCUCUUGCUCGGCCCACGGCCCAAGAAGGCGUCGAUGUACGCCACGUACGCAACCCCCUUGUCUUUGGCGCGCUUCGUGCACCAGCCUGCAGCGCUACGUGUCCUUGUCCUGUGCCUCGCCCAAGGCCUUGGCCAGGAAAGCCGCACGGCGCUCCCUGGCAGCCGCCAGCGCCGCAACUCGCUGCCGCCUGCGUCGGCGCGCCCGUCGCUGGCCGAUGCGACGCAGCGCCGUGCGCUGCUGCAAGAGUCUGUGCAGCUGCUUGUUGCGCACGCCUCGCAUCCCGAGCUGACGCGCCUGCUGCUCCUCGCGCCGACGCUCCUGUGCCUCUUUCACGCAAUGACGCCCAUCCUCGAGGCGGACCGUAUCGUGGAUACCUAUGUGCAUGCGUUGUGCGUCAAUCUUCUCGAGAUGCUCGCGGAGCGCAUUGCGACCAGCAUGCUUGCGAGCGGUACCCUCUCGCUGCUUGCCAAUACGCACAAGGCAAUGCCGACGCCGGAUCCUGUCGUGCAGUCACGUCUGUGUGCGCGGAUCUAUGAGCGGGUGCUGGCACAUAUGCUCCCGCUCGGCACGCAGCCGAGUCGCAGCACGCUUGCGCUCCUUGCCUCGUUCUUGAAGCUCGCGUCGAACGAGUCGAUCAAUGACGUGGCGUUGCAGGACGCCAUCUUUAGCGCAGGACGCCAGCUUCUUAACGCGGCGGCAGCACACCCCGGCCUGCUUGCACCCCGUGCGGCAGGCCAAGCAGCCGUCGCGCUCCAGCGCAAUGUCCUGCACAGCCUGGCGAACGCGGAUAUGACCGCAGAGACCUUGCCGGUGAUGGUGUUCCUCGCAAACUACCUUUCUGCGCUGCAAGGCGAUGCUCCUUUUGUGCGGUGCGUCGCGAACCGCGCCAUGGCACGUCUCUGGGAGCGGUACGACCAAAGCGCGAACGAUGUUCUGGCCCAGUUCUACCACGACUAUCCCGAGCUCGUAAAAGAGUCGGGACUUGGCCAAGUCCUUGACGACCUCGCACAGGACCGCUCGACCUCGCUCGACUACCCUCCGUUCCCUGAGGCGUGGGCCGUGUCGUUUGAGGACCAGGCGGCAUUCACGCGAACGCUCUACCUCGACCGCCUGCGCCAAGUCGAGCGCUCGCUGUACCAAGAAAGCGCACGCGCCCAAGGCGUGCUGGCCACACAUACGCGCCUUUCCGCAUGGCACAGCAGCCUGCUCGAGGCGGACCGCAUCAAGUUUGGCCGCUUUGCGCAGGACCUGCGCGACGAUCUCGCGUACGUCCGCCAAGCAUGGGCUGAGGCGAGCGAAGCACUGGCACUCCAGCGUGGCGCGCCGCACGACUGGCAGCUCGAUGCGACCGAAGGGCCGUGCCGUGCGCGCAUCAAGCUGUGCCCUGUGCCGCCGAGCGAUGCCGUUCCGUCCGAGACGCGGACAAGCGCGGCGAUGCCUGCCGAGCUCGCCGAGCUCGCGGGCGACGGUCUACACGGCACGUCGGAUGCUGCCGUCCUCGACGAGGACCGCAUGCAUGCGGAAAUCGACGGGCUGCCUGCGCCCCCACCCAAAGAGGAACGUGCGCCGCUUCCCCCGCCCAAAGAAGAGAGUGCACCGGCUGCGCUGCCCGACGAUGUUGAGGACACGUACCGCUGUGUCUUGCGCUCCUUGAAGCAUAACGACACGAUCGAGGACGUCGUGAAUACGUCGCGGGUCCUCGGCAUCGAGGCACGCAGCAGCCUGUUAGUCGCUGCCGCGCACCAUCUCUACCUCCUCGACGACUACUUUCAGCGUCCGAGUGGCGAGAUUGCGCACGUAUGGGACGUGCCGGCGGCCGAGCGCGACAAGCUCAUCGCCGCCGCUUUUGCAUCCGCACAGCCGAGCGAUAUGCCGCAGCAAGGCAUGUCGGUGCAGCACUGGCGCUGGGAGACGCUGCGGCUGUGCCUGCGGCGCGCAUGGCUCCAUCGGCGCACUGCCCUCGAGCUCUUUUUCACCGAUGGCCGCAGCUGCUUGCUGGUGCUGGCUGAUGCGACUCAAGUCCAGCGCGUCCUUACGUUGCUGCGCCUCAAGGCGCCAAACGCGCUGACCGAGGCGGACAAGAUGGCCGACAGCGUGCGCGAGGCGCCGCAAGUGCCGCAAGUCCUCGCCAAGACCCGAAUCUCGGGCGCCGUGCUUCGCCGCUCGCCCCAGAUCGGCGAGACGACGCGCGCGUGGCAGGACGGCCGCAUCUCGAACGCCGCCUACCUCAUGGCGCUCAACACGCUCGCUGGUCGUACGAUGAACGACCUCACGCAGUUCCCCGUCUUUCCGUGGGUGCUUGCAGACUAUACCAGCGGCACACUCGACCUCGACGCGCCACAGACCUUCCGCGACCUCUCGCGGCCCAUGGGCGCACAGACCGAGGCGCGGCGUGCCGAGAGCGCGGAGCGGUACCAGCAGCUGCUCGAGGUCGAGAUGGAUCCGUUCCACUACGGCACACAUUAUUCGACCGCCGCGAGCGUGUGUGGCUUCCUGGUGCGCCUACGUCCCUUUGCGCACUGGCUCGUGGAGCUGCAAGGCGGCAGCUUUGACCUCGCCGACCGCAUGUUCUCCUCUGUCGGGCGCGCGUGGUUCUCGGCAUCGGAACAAGCGCGUGGUGACGUGCGUGAGCUGAUCCCCGAGUUCUUCUUCCUGCCCGAGCUCUUUGUGAAUACCAACAAGUUUGCGUUUGGGCGCACGCAGGCAGGGACAACGAUUGACGAUGUCCAGCUGCCGCCGUGGGCGCACGACGACCCCUUCCUCUUUGUGCAGCGCCAUCGCGAGGCGCUCGAGUCAGAGUACGUCAGUGCGCAUCUCCACCGCUGGAUCGACCUCGUGUUUGGCGUGCAGUCGCGCGGCCAAGCGGCGAUCGAAGCCAUGAACGUCUUCCAUCCUUUGUCGUAUGCUGACAGCAUCGACAUUGAGCAGAUCGACUCGGCGCUUGAGCGCGAGGCGGCCGCCCAGGUCAUCCACAACUUUGGGCAGACACCCAAUGCGCUCUUCUCGCGCCCCCAUCCAGCUCGCGGGGCCAAAGGCGAUGCAUGGGACGUUGCGGCGACCCCCCAGCUCCUCAUCCAAGGGCGCACGGCGUCUGGGCGAACAAAAGGGCCUGUCCACGCGCUGGGCGGCCUCCCUGCGUCGGUGCGUGGCGUGGCGCGCGAGCAAGAACUGCUCCUGGACGAGCUGCUCGUCCUAACCUACGGCCACAUUGACGGGUCUGUGCGCUUUGUGCACCUCGACGACCUCAUGGGGCGCCCGGUCGCGGUCGCGGAACAGGUGGCGCCUGCGCGCAUCACGACGCUCGCGCUGGUCGGCACUGUCUAUGCGGUGCUUGGUGCGGAAGACGGCACUGUGCAGCUCUAUGGUCUGCACGCAUCUACGCGGCAACUCGAGCCGGUGGCCGUGUGGUCAGGCCACACUGCGCCGGUCGUCUGUGCGGCGGCGAGCGCGACGUGGAGCAUUGUCGUGACCGGGUCAAUGGACCACACGGCCAAGGUGUGGGACGUAACGCGCCGGCGGUACGUGCGUACGCUCUCGGGCCAUGCACAGCCCGUGCGCCACGUCGCGAUCGACGAGCAGCGCGGUUGGAUCGCGACGGCGGCCGGCGACGAAGUGUGUGUCUAUUCAAUCAAUGGGCACCUGCUGGCGCGGCAGAGCACUCGCGCAGCGACUCGCGGCGCGCUCAGCAGUCUUGCGUUCUGUGCGCGCGAGUUCCACGCCGGCCGCCUCGCAGUACUCCUGACCGGCCACCGCGGCCAGGUACUGGUCUGGGACCUCGUCUCGCAUCAUGAAGAGACACCGAAGGACGCGCCACGGUGGCGCAUGUCUGUGCGUACGACGCUGCCUGCGCGCAGCACUACGGCGAUCACCGCAUUGUCGUUCCCGACACCGGAUACGCUGUGCACCGGCGACGAGCACGGCGAGGUGUACGUAUGGGCGCUGCCCGGCGCGGCGACGACGCCGGGCGCGACACCGGACAGCGCGUGCAUGAACCGCGAGUCGUGCGGCAAGCGCUUCGGCUUCCUCGAGGCUAAGCGCGCGUGCGGCAGCUGCGGCGGCCUCUUUUGCGGCGCAUGCACCGCGCAGUACCCCAACGUCGGCAACGUGCGCCUCUGUACGCAGUGUGUCGACGAGCUCGUUUCGCGUGGGUGGAAAGUGUAG